AUGGAACGUUCUGGUGUUGGAAAAUUCUGGUCCUGGAUCCCUCUGGGCAUCCCAGUAAUGGAGCAUCCCCAGGGUGGAACAUUCUGGAUUGGAGCAUCCUGGUGUGGGACCAUCCCAUGGUGGGAUGUCCUGCUGUGGGACCAUCCCAUGGUGGGAUCCUCUGCUGUGGGAUCUCCUGUGUGGGAUCUCCUGUGUGGAAUUGUCCUGCUGUGGGAUCAUCCCACUGGGAGAUGUCUCACUGUGGGAUCUGCUGUAGGAUCCUCUGCUGUGGGAUCUCCUCUUUUGGGAUCUCCUGUGGGAUCAUCCCACUGUGGGAUCCUCUGCUGUGGGAUCUCCCUGCUCUGGGAUCUUCUGCUGUGGGAUCAUCCCGGUCUCAGAGCAUCCCCGUGGUGGAACGUUCUGGUAUCGGAGCGUCCUGGUCCCAGAGCGUCCCAGUGUCAGAACAUCCCAGUGUGGAGCAUCCCAGUGCUGGACCAGAGCGGGGCUGGUGCAUCCCAGUAUGGAACAUCCCAGUAUGGGAACAUCCCAGUAUGGAACAUCCCAGUAUGGAGCAUCCCAGUGUGGAACAUCCCAGUGUGGAACAUCCCAGUAUGGAACAUCCCAGUGUGGAACAUCCCAGUAUGGAGCAUCCCAGUGUGGAACAGCCCAGUAUGGAGCAUCCCAGUAUGGAACAUCCCAGUGUGGAACAUCCCAGUGCUGAUCCAUCCCAGUGCCAGUCCAUCCCAGUCCCAGUCCAUCCCAGUAAUGGAGCAUCCCAGUACCAGUUUAUCCCAGUCCCAGUCCAUCCCAGUACCAGUUUAUCCCAUUCCUACUCUAUCCCAAUUCCAGUCCAUCCCAGUACCAAUCUAUGCCACUCCCAGUCUAUCCCAUUAUCAGCCCCUCCCAGUCCCAGUUUAUCCCAGUUCCAGCCCCUCCCAGUCCCAGUUUAUCCCAGUCCCAUCCCAGUGCUGGCCCAUCCCCAGGGGAAACUGAGGCAGGCUGUGGGCGGAGCGGGUGGCAGUGGCAGUGUUGGGGUCCCGCUGCGCCCCCGGGGCCGUGUCCCCCCCUUUGGGACCCCCAAAAACCCCCA